UCUCUACGUUGACUGUAGGAGAAGCCAGACUGCAGACAUGGGGCUCCGGACUUUGCUGUGUGUGACUCUGCUACUUCACUAUGUCCCAGCGUUCGUUUGCUCGUGUCGGGGAGCUGAGCCUGAAGGAACCUUCUGGAACUCUGGUGAAGCUGAAGCGCGUGGUGGUGCAUCCAGACUACAGCUACCAGGAGAAGGAAGGUAUGAUCUACAACGACAUGGCCCUGGUGCAGCUGCAGGACACUGUGUCCUUCUCCCACAUGGUGAAGCCCGUGGACCUGCCCAGCCCCCGAGACAUUAGAUCCGACGCUGAAUGCUGGGUCACUGGCUGGGGCCACGUAGCUGAGAACAAGCCGCUGGGUGGGAAGGAGACUCUGCAGGAAGUGCGGGUGUCUCUGGUUGAUGACAUCACGUGUCGCCGGCUCUUCCCCAAGAUGACUGACGGCAUGACAUGCGCUGGUGACCUUAAUGGAGGGAAGGACGCCUGCCAGAAUGACUCUGGAGGGCCCCUGGUGUGUGUCCCUGCUGGAGAUGAGAAGAGGAGGUUUGUGCAGGUCGGCAUCGUCAGCUUUGGGAAGGGGUGUGGCCAUGGAGGGAGAGAAGUACGUGCAACUGAGGUGAAAGUAGCCGACUGCUGAUGGCAAACAUGACCCCAAGGACCACGAUGGCACGAUGGCAUGGACGGGUAGUUUCUGGAUGAAGAGGAAGACAAUGAUGUGCUAGAGGAGGAGAGUAAUCUCCCAUCAUCCUCAGCUGGGUAAGCAUG